CAAUAUGGCGCUGUCCUACUAGGGAGCCGUUUUCGUAAAAAAAAGUAGGCAACGCGGAAGCAGACACUGUCCCCUGUACAAAGUUAAAUGGAUUUUAUUGUAUAAUACGUUGGGGUAUAAAAAUACGUUUAAAGCAUUAUGGCGUCUCAGUGUUUAAUAUUGACAGCUCGGGUUUCUUUCUUUGCACCCCAUCGCCUGACAUGUGUACAGCAUUUACGCACUUUUCCGCCUCUGUGCAACCGGUAUGUGGGAAUUAUACAGAACCGCCCGGUCUUGAAUCGAUUUAAAUGCACGUACUUGACCUCUGAAAGGCGCCACUUUGUGCCGUUACUCUGCGGUCCGCUGGUCCGAAGCUCGCAUUCCGCCGUGCUGCGAGAUGUGGUGCUGUUCGAGCAUGACCGAACCCGCUUCUUUAGGCUCCUGGCUCUGUUCUGUGGAGGUCAGUUUCUUUUCUGGAGCUACUUGGCCUAUUUUGCAUUUACGGGACUUCGAGACACGCGAAAGAGCAACAAAGAGGGCAAAAAGGUCAGGACGGACCUGGGUUUUUUUAGCUUUGACAUGAACCUUGGUUCAAAUUCCUGGAGAUUUGGAUUCACUCUUGGCUGUCUUAUUAUAGGUGGAGGGAUUGUCGGACUGGGCAUGUUGUUCAGCCGACGCUCCGUGAGUCGCGUGGUCCUGCAUAAAGGAGGUGGAAAGGUGACUGUGUGUACUCAGUCACCUCUAGGCGUAAGCAAUGCCUGGCAACUAACUGUACCUUUGAAUCAAGUGGCUUGUCAUGCGCACAGACAGGAAUCACCUUCCUUCAUCCCUCUCAAAGUAAAAGAUCACAAAUUCUACUUCCUUUUGGAUAAGGAAGGAAACCUGACCAAUAUGAAACUGUUUGAUGUCACUGUCGGUGCCUACAGACCGUUCUAGAUGUUGUUCCAUUUACACGGUUAAAAACCAAGGUUAACAAGAAUAAGAUUUUACUGCUGAUGAAAAAUGUGUGUCUUGUAGACUUUUUUAUUUGAACCUUUGUACACACAUGUGGCAUGUAAUAAAAGCUGAAAUAGCAAUAACAAGA